AUUGAUAUUGCUGCACGCACUGGCUUUCCCCCCUUCACCGCCUGCCAGCGUCCCGACCUUUGUGAUCAGUCACGCACCAGACGAUGGCUCAGAAAAAUGGCGUGCCUCAUUUCAUCGAGCGCUUUAAGACCAUGCAGGCCCAGCGCGAAACAUCAGAUACGCUGAUCAAGGACGUCCUGAUGUAUUGCGAUGAGUUGGAGCGAAACCUGGGUGCGGAGAACCAGCGUCUGAGCGAACAGGUCGAAGAGACAAAGCUCGAUUACAAUGACGCGGUCCGCUCCCGCCGUGAACUCCAGAAACAGAUUGAAGCAUACGAAAAAACAAUCCGUCAAAAAGAAUAUUACCAGACCGGAAAACCAUAUGUGAUGAUCUUGAUCGAUGGGGAUGGCUUAAUUUUUGACGACGCAUAUGUUCGACAAGGCCUCGAGGGCGGCAAGAAGGCAGCGUACGCGCUGCGCAACGCUGUGGCGCAGCAGUGUGAAACGUAUGCCGGCGAGAUGGAGAUUUCCGCCAAAGUCGUCGCCAACGUCCAAGGCCUGGGGCGAGCCAUGGUCCGCGAUGGCUUUAUCUAUAACGAGAGGGACUUUAGGGACUUCACACUGGGCUUCUCACAGGCCAAGGCGGCUUUUGACUUUGUGGACGUCGGCCAUGGCAAGGAGCGGGCGGACGCGAAAAUACGAGAGAAUGCACGAUGGCACCUCCAGAAUUCGAAUUGUAGACAGGUGCUGCUUGGUAUAUCUCAUGAUGGCGGUUACGCGCCCUUUCUGGAUGAAGUCCUGGCCGACGACUAUACCCGACGGCGCGUCAGCAUCCUCGAGGGUGUGCCCACGGCUCCCGCUCUGGUUGCUACAAACGUCAAUAUCUUCCGAAUGGACAAUGAACUAUUUCGCACGCGCAAGUUAGGUGAUCGAGGGACCCUCGUUACAGAGCACAGUGCUUCACCAGUCGUCGGCACCUCACCGCGGCCUAUGUCAGCCGCGACAAUUCCGACACCGCCCCCGCAAGCUCCCCAACAGCACGAUUCAGCUGCGUAUCCAAACCUGUCCAAGGAAACACCCAAGGACUUGCCGACGGCGUCCUGGGCCGGAUUGGCGAGCAAGCCACGCGCUGCUAGCCCGCCCCCCAAGAUCACGCUGCCGCUCGCCGCACGCUCGGUCAACAUUGGCAGCAAGACCAAGGCGACCGCUGCGAAGCAGAGUAAAAGGAUAGUGCUGGAAGUCCCCGACUGGAACCCCGGCCCGCGUGGCCUGGACGACCCCAUCUUCCCUAAUCUGGCUGUGCUCGAGGAGGUGAAGAAACGCAAGGACAAUGACAAAUUAUGCAACAACCACUUUCUACGUGGACCAUGCGCGAAGCAGGACGUGUGCGUUUUUGUGCACGACUACGAUCCCACAGACGACGAACUCGAUGCAAUUGCUUAUCUUACGAGGCUGAACCCUUGCACCCGCGGUCAAGACUGUGACAACUGGGACUGUAUAUACGGACAUCACUGCGCGAGCAUGAAGGGCAAUAUUUGCACGCACCCUUACUGCAAAUUUCCUGUCGAUGCGCAUCCGCCUAAUACCAAGUUUAAGAACCCCCAUAUCGACAAGAACAAUUAGUGAUGUAACCUUGCUUGGAGGGGCUCUUUGCUUGCCAGGAAUCCAGGUGCCUUCCACACCAGGACCAUGGAACAUUUAUUACGGUGUGGGAUUAUAUUGCUGUGAGACGACAGACUGCUUGUUGGAGCAUACAUGUAUGUAUGCAUAAGUACGGUGGCAGGGAGCUGUCGCCACCGCUCUCCUUUAUAUUACGAACAAUAUGGUAUAUACUUAUAUUCGACCAUUUCCAUCAGUCAAUACAAAUGCAACGAUCACCACGUCUUAAGCCCUUGGAGUUUGUCGUUGCAUGUUGAAGUCGUUGUCCCACAAUUCUCCGAGAUAGGUACGGUACGUACCUCGAUGACCCCA